AUGGACGGAGGUAGGGAGCAAGGAAGCACCCAUAUUAUAAGUUUGAGGUUGAGGACUUUCAUCGUUGGAACACUAGAAUUCAUGCUCGGAGCAUGUUUGAUUACAUUCCAUUCAUUAAAUUUGACAAAAAUCAUUGAAACCCGACGACUCCUUGUUAGUUUCGCCGUAUUUUUACCUGAUAAUGAAGAGACAUCACAUCAUGGGUACCACGUUGUCUCAAGCAUUUUAGCGUCAAUUAUGAUAAGUUUCUCCUGCGUUCUCUUCUGGGGAAUUUUUAAUUACAAAGAAAAUUUGGUCUGGGCUUGGCUCCUUUCCAACAGUGUGCUUUGCAUACUGUAUGGGUUUUUAGGAGUGUACGGAUUUAUCCUACAUUACUUCUGGUUCAUGUUAGAAAACUUUGUUGUAAUAGGUUGCAUCGUAGUAUUCCUUUUCGUGGUAUUCCCUUAUUACAAAUGGUUGUGCCACCGAAACCUUCAAUCAAGAAGGGUUACUAAUGGUAAAGAGACUACUUCCAAGAAAGGUCCUAACUAA